AUGAUCUAAAGUUAAGGAAUACAAACAAAAUUUCAUAAAUAAAUGGAGAAAAUGAAAGGAUUUCUGGUUACAGCUAGGAAUGUAUCAUCUAGAAAUGAUGAAGAGCCAAUUAGAAAAACAUAGACUCCUUUAAUUGGCUAAUAAACAUAAUCAAUAUCGUUUACUGAUGAUGAAAUGGAAGAUGAAGAAUUUAAAUAAAUAGGAGUAAAAUCUACAAAUUUUGAAGAUGAAUUUACAUUAGGAUAAAAAUUAGGUGAAGGUACAAAUGGGAUAGUUAGGAUUUGUUGGAAAAAAGAUAAUCCAUAAUAAUUAUUUGCAGUCAAAAUUAUUCAAACUCCAGAUGAAGAACAAUUAGAUAUUAUUAGAUAAACGUUCAUCAAUUCUACAAUUAUCAAAAGUCCUUAUAUUGCAAAAAGUUAUAAACUAUUUAUUGACAUUAAUGUAAUUUAUAUGGUAAUGGAGUAUGUGCCAUUUCAAGAUUUAUAAUCAAUAUUAUAAAAAAGAACAAAAUUGAAAGAAUAAGAAGUUCAAAGAAUAGCUUGUACUUUAUUGAAAAGUGUUAGAUCUUUACAUAGUUGUGGUAUUUGUCAUAGAGAUAUAAAACCAGAUAAUGUACUUAUCAAUCUAAAGUAUUAUAAUUGUUAUUAAUAGUGAUUACACAGUCAAAUUAAUAGAUUUUGGAGUUUCAAGAAGAUUUGUUACUUUCAAUAAUAAUACAUUUAGAUAUAUGAGAAAUCAAAUGUUGACAGUUACUGGAAAUCUACAUUAUAGAGCCCCUGAAAUUAUGAGUAGCCAUAUCUACGGAUAUAACUAAUAGGUUGAUAUAUGGGCAAUUGGAGUUAUCAUUUACUAAUCAUUAACAGGAGUAUUGCCAUUCACUUCAGAUAAUACUGCAGAAAUUGUAGCUUUGUUAGCCAAUAGGUAUUAAUUUUAAUAUACUUUACAGUUAAUCAAUCCAUGAUGCAUUUCAAAAAUAAUAGUUCUUGGCUCUAUCUUCUAGUUGCAGAGAUUUGAUUAAAAGAUUAAUGAUGUGGAAUCCUUUGAAAAGAUUAACAGCUUCAGAAGCACUUAAACAUAUAUGGAUACCUAAUAUGCAAACUCCUAGAAAACCACUUUCUAAAAAGAUUACAAAAGAUGAUAUGGAUACUAGUAAAAUUAGUUAAAAUAGUGAUCUUCUUAAUAAAUCAUUAAUUAAUAGUGCUACUAUUUUAAAUUUCGAGUUAUAAAAUACUCUUCUCAAAAGUAAAUAAAUUGAUUCUAUCAUGGAAAAUACAGAUAUUACUAGAUCUCAAAAGAGUCUUGGUUUCUCUAUUAAAAUCAAAAGAGAAAAAGAAAUUUAAGAUUUUAAAGCCAAAUUGAGAUAAUUUAAAUUAGAAAGUUCAACAAAGAUUUAUAAAAGGAAUAAUUCAAAUUAAAAUAAUACUAUCUAAUUAGUUGGUGCAGUUGUUUAUGAUAAAAUGAACAACUCAAUUAAAUUAGAUGAUGAAGAUGAUAUUUUUGGAAUUAAAGUAUGUGGAAGUCAACAUUCUCUAACAUAAAUUGAUGAAAUUUUUAAAAAUGAGUAAUAAACACAACACAACAAGUUGGAUCCUAAAUUAUUGUAGUAGCUUUUAGAAUUUAAUUUGUGA